CCGGCGUGAGAGGAAGAGGAACAACAAAGGUGCGGUCUUUGCCUAAAAAUUUCAGCGGCGGAGGCGAAUCCAAGGAGGAGGCCGCCGCUUCUGCGAGCUAAUUCUUCUCCUUCUUCUUCCCUCGCGUGGCCUGGAUCGCCAUUUUUCUUCUCCGCCCGCGCGCAACAAUCGAAGGGGGGGCUCGGGUCGGGAUUCGUCGUUUCCACCGGCCGGCGGGUGAGGAGCGAAGCUGUCAGAUAUGCACGCCGCGUCAUGGGGCAAGAGCCUCCCGGGCCUGCGGGGCCACCUCUGCGCCGCCGCCGCGGCGUCGUUCCACUCCACGCCCGUCUCGACCGCCAAAUGGAAGUCCAAGUGGGAUUGCAAGCAUGAACAUGGAGAGCGGAAGCUAUCCAAGAAAUACGAGAGAUACGUUGUUCGUCAAAAACGAGCAGAAGGAAAGAAGGCCCUGAAAGAUUACCUUCUCUAUGGGAAGUCAACACCUCAUAUACAGGAUGGGAGUAUUGGCAGCUUUGCUAAUUCGCAUGAUACUCCACGAUUUAAAACCUUCAGAAAAAGACCUCAGGAUCACAGUUCAACAAAGUCCCGACAAGGAGUACACAAUCAAAGAAAGAACAAAAAGGACAAGGCGAAGUUCUACAACUUUUUCUACGAGACCCAAUACGUGAAUCCUGAAAAUAUUUUCGAAACCAUCUUUGGUGAUCAUCACGGAUUUACUUGGUCCCAUAUAUCAUGGGAGGGUUUUCACUUCAGAGAUUCAUCGUCUGGAUUUAGACGGACCAGUGAAUCACGAAGAGGAAGAGUUGCAAGCGAGAGCGAAGACGAAAGCGACGAUGACACAAGCGAGACAGCUGGUCUUGGUUCACAUGCGCAUAGGGUCACCCUUGGAUUACCACCAUGUGGUCCACUAACUCUAGAAGAUGUCAAAACAGCUUUCCGGGCAUCAGCUCUGAGGUGGCACCCUGACAAGCACCCGGGCUCUUCACAGGCCGUUGCUGAGGAGAAGUUUAAGCUCUGCGUCAAUGCAUACAACUCUCUCAGCGCCGUCCUCAAGGCCGCUUAAUCCUCUUCCUCACUGGAUGGUGUUCUGCAGCUAGAUGCUGGCCUAGAACGGAUGUUUCAUGUAUGUCUGGGACAGCUCCAAACUGAAGCUCAGGAAUUGGGAGUUGAUCCAGAGCAUUUCUUUUCCAUACACCAGUUGUUUUUUUCUUCAGCGUUCGUUUAGUUGACAAAUUUAAGCCAGUAGCUAAAGCUCCUGCAUCAUGGCUGGAGAUCGUGUUGUAACAUGUAAGCUGUAAACGAUGACGAUUCUUCUUCUUUCAUUUGAUACGUAUUUGAUUUCGAAAGGGAAAUAAAAAUAAAUUUCGUCAGAAUUCGACAA